GACAGCUAGAGGGAGAGGGAGAGGGAGAGGGAAUGGAGAAACAAAGCGAGACGAAUGGUGAUGUUGCAGAGGCCAAUAGGCCCGUUCGUGUUUACGCCGAUGGAAUCUACGAUCUCUUCCACUUCGGUCAUGCUCGCUCUCUUGAGCAAGCCAAGAAACUGUUCCCAAAUACCUACCUACUUGUUGGAUGCUGCAAUGAUGAAAUUACCCACAAGUUUAAAGGCAAAACUGUCAUGACUGAAGAUGAGCGCUACGAAUCUCUUCGCCACUGCAGAUGGGUCGAUGAAGUUAUUCCUGAUGCCCCGUGGGUGAUGACACAGGAGUUUCUUGACAAGCAUAAAAUUGAUUAUGUGGCUCACGAUUCUCUUCCUUAUGCUGAUGCAAGUGGAGCUGGAAAGGAUGUCUAUGAAUUUGUUAAAUCCAUUGGAAAGUUUAAGGAAACCAAGCGGACUGAGGGGAUCUCUACAUCAGAUAUUAUAAUGAGGAUGCUUAAAGAUUAUAACGAGUAUGUGAUGCGAAACUUGGACCGUGGAUAUUCAAGGAAGGAACUGGGAGUUAGCUAUGUGAAGGAGAAGCGGCUGAGAGUGAAUAUGGGUUUAAAGAAGCUACAUGAGAAAGUGAAACAACAACAAGAAAAAGUUGGGGAGAAGAUACAAACUGUCGCAAAAACUGCUGGUAUGCAUCGUAAUAUGUGGGUAGAGAAUGCAGAUCGCUGGGUUGCUGGUUUCCUUGAGAUGUUUGAGGAAGGUUGCCACAAAAUGGGAACUGCCAUCAGGGACCGGAUUCAAGAGCGGUUGAAAGGACAGCAGGUAAGGGGACUCAUGUAUCUGCCACAUGAUGAUGAUGAUGAUGUUGAGGAUGAUGAUGAAUACUACUACGAUGAAGAUGAUGAGGAUGAACAAUACUAUGAUGAUGAUGAUGAUGGAGAAGAUGAAAAAGAAGAAUACUACGAUGAAGCAAAUGGAAAAUAGGUUUUUUCCCCCCUAGAUUUUUUUUUUUUUUGGGGGAUGAAUUCCCUAGCUUAUUGAUAGUAGGUUAUGUAGUAUGUUGGUAUGUGGUGUUAAUGUAAAAGUAUAUCUAUUCGGACAUGUAGAAUUGAUUAUUGAAGCCUCAAGAUCAUAGUUUGUUUGCAAAGAUAAUCAUGAAGUUCGAGUUUUUAACUUGGAAUGGGAAAAUUUGUUAAAUAAAUAGUUUU